AUAACAGGAUGGAUUGAAUGCUUGUUUGCUAACAAGAUCCUGCAGUCAAACCGCAGACUUUGGGUGCGGCUCCAUCACAUGUUUGCUGUCACUACAGAAAGUCGGUGGGGGUCAUGGCUGGUUGAGUUAUUUAGUUUUUUUUUUAAUAAAGGGUGUGCACCUUCCUCACUCAGAAGGGUGUUGUCUUUGUAAAAAAGAAAAAAAGGACAGCCUGCUCCUUCUUCACUGUGGAACUUCAGAGCCCCUCAAGUCGCUUCAGCAGCCAACAACAUGACGGAGUCCGCUGAAGCCGUGGCCGCCGACGUGGACAGCAAGAGGAGCGUGACCAUAGAGAUCACCAAUUUGACCAACAACUACUGCCUCAUUAACCCCAGGGUGCACCUGGACAGCGGCGAGGCGUACAACCCUCCUCAGCCCACGGUGCGCACCACGAAGACCGAGGUGUGCACCUUCACCAAGACCAGUGGCAAGGCCACAGGUGCCGUGGGCGUGAUAACCUACGACCUUUUCGAGCGCUCGCAGAAGGACUACAUCGAGACGCUGGCCAUCAUGUUCUCGGUGCCGUGGGACUACAACUUCUACAAGAACUGGUUCGCCGUGGGCAUCUUUAAGAAGGGGCUAAAGUGCGACAAGGACUUGUUCAAGCUGAUGUACAACGAGAAGAAGCAAGCCGAGCACGGCUUCGUGCGCGAGGAGUCCACCGGCACGGGUAUCAAUUACGUGGGCAAGUACCUGGAUGUCAAAGCCACCAUGGGCCCCCUGGGGAAAGCCAUCAUGAAGGUGGAGGUGUGGGAUAAGCUGUUCACACCCUUGGGCCAGCAGGCCAUCUAGAUGGCGUACUUUAUAGCGACGUGCAUGGUUUAGCAGAUAUAUUGAGGCCCCUCCCUCGCCAGAAAAUCUGCUUAAAAUCACAGUUUUGUGUGUUUAUGCAUCCAGGCAGCAAUCCUCCGUUCAAAGCGGAAGUCUUGUUCAAUAGCGUCCCGUUCUUUAGAAAUGGAAAUGAAAGGCUGACUCACCGGCAAGACGAGGGCAGAUUGUUUAAUAGAAGCUUGUGUUGUAUUUACCUUGACACCGUACCCGCAGGAAAGCAGAAUAAACGUCUUUGAACAAGCGUUGCGUCUGUUGAUUGACUCCGAAUCAGAGAUUCAUGAAUGCAAAAUGGCCUUUUUGAUGGCAUGCUUGUGUUUGCGGGGAAUUUAAAUAAAAAAUAGAAAAAGACGACUUUGAAGUCGUCUUGUUGUGUUGCAUGACAAUAGAAUGAAAGCUGACACAUCAUCACACCUGAACCACGCAUUCAAACAUCUUCUCAUGACAAUUUACUGG